AUGCACCAGAGGUACCAAGAUGUCAUGGCCUUGGUACAGAAGUUUGGCAAGCCGGACAUAUAUCUGACAAUGACAUGCAAUCCAUCUUGGUUGGAAAUACAAUCAAAGCUAUUACCUGGACAAGUUUCAAAUGAUCGGCCAGAUCUACUGACAAGGGUGUUUCAUGCUAAAUUUGAAGAGUUAAAAAAAGAUGUUCUAGAAAGGGGAAUCUUUGGAAAGGUGGUUGCUUAUGUAUAUGUAGUUGAAUUCCAAAAGAGGGGUCUUCCGCAUGUUCAUAUGUUGAUCCUCGAACAAACUGACAAGCUAACCACUCAAGAUGACUACGAUAUAAUUGUCAGAGCAGAAAUUCCAGAUGAACAACAAGAACCGGAAUUGUACAAAAAAGUUCUUAGACACAUGAUUCAUAGUCCAUGUGGUGUUCACAACAAAGAUUCUCCAUGCAUGAAACAAGGGAGUUGUAAGAAAGGAUUCAUAGUCAUGAAACAAGGGAGUUGUAAGAAAGGAUUCAUAGUCAUUUACUAA